AUGUCUGACCUUGACAAGAAGCUCUCACCUUCGUCCGAGCACAAGGACACCAACGAAAAGAUCCUCACCGAAGACGCCAAGACGAGCCAGGACCACUCGUCGAUCCAACACGUCGACGGCGCUGCCUCGGCCACCCACAAGCCCAACCUCGAGAACCCGCUGUGGGGCGUGCCGCGCGACCGCCUGCUGCACGAUGUCGAGGUCUUUGCGCGCGAAAAGGGCCUCGAGGAGCACACCGAGCUGCUCAAGAAGGGCGCCCUCGUCGCCCAGGACCCGGGCAUGUACAAGCAGCUCGCCGAGCUCGACCAGGACGAAAAGGACGCCAUCACCCACGAGUUCACCCACCGCUGGUCGCACCCGUGGACCCUCUACCUCACCAUCUUCUCGUGCAGCAUUGGCGCCGCCACGCAGGGAUGGGACCAGACCGGCAGCAACGGCGCCAAUCUGAGCUUCCCCGACGAGUUCGGCAUCGCCACCACCGGCCCCGACGCUGAGAAGCACGAGUGGCUCGUCGGCGCCAUCAACGCCGCCCCCUACAUCGCCUCGGCCCUGUGCGGAUGCUGGCUCUCGGACCCGCUCAACAACUUCUUUGGCCGCCGCGGCUGCAUCUUCAUCACCGCCCUCGUCCUCAUCGCCACACCCAUCGGAAGCGCCUUCACCACCUCGUGGGAGCAACUCUUCGUCGUACGCUUGAUUUUGGGCCUCGGGAUGGGCGCAAAAGGUUCUACAGUGCCAGUCUUCGCCGCUGAGAAUGCUCCGCCGCAAAUAAGAGGUGCUCUUGUAAUGGGUUGGCAACUGUGGACGGCCUUCGGAAUCUUUUUGGGCUUUGCCGCCAACGUGGUCGUUGCCGAUGUGGGGAAGAUCGCGUGGCGCCUGCAGCUCGGGUCCGCCUUCAUCCCCGCGCUCCCGCUCGCCUGCCUCAUCUACCUCUGUCCCGAGUCUCCCCGUUGGCUCAUGAAGAAGGGAAGGUACCAGGAGGCCAUGAAGUCUCUGCUGCGUCUACGACACCACAGGAUCCAGGCUGCACGCGAUCUAUACUACAUCCACGUGAUGUUGGUCGAGGAGUCCAAAAUCAUCCGCGGCGAAACCUACGUCAAGCGCUUCCUCGAGCUCUUCACCAUCCCUCGAGUCCGUCGAGCUACCAUCGCAGCGAGCGUGGUGAUGCUGGCCCAACAGAUGUGCGGUAUCAACAUCGUGGCCUUCUAUAGCUCGUCGAUCUUCGUUGAAGGAGGUUACUCGGCCAAGCAGGCGCUCUACGCCUCCCUCGGAUUCGGCGCGGUCAACUUCGUCUUCGCGUUCCCCGCGCUUUUUACGAUUGACACGUACGGCCGUAGGAACCUCCUAUUGUUCACGUUCCCCCAAAUGGCCUGGACCCUGCUUGCAGCGGGUCUUUGCUUCUUGAUUCGACCCGAAGACAGCAAGACGAGGAUCGGACUGGUCGCGUUCUUCGUCUACCUCUUUGCCGCCUUCUACUCGCCCGGAGAGGGUCCCGUUCCCUUCACCUACUCGGCCGAGGUAUUCCCGCUCGCCCAGCGAGAGCAGGGCAUGGCUUGGGCCGUCGCAACCUGCCUGUUCUGGGCGGCGGUGCUUUCCAUCACGUUCCCACGCAUGCUCAAGGUCAUGACGCCGACGGGCGCGUUCGGCUUCUACGCGGGUCUCAACCUCGUCGCCUUCUGCCUUAUCUUCCUCUUCGUUCCGGAGACGAAGCAGCUCACUCUCGAAGAGCUCGACAUCGUCUUCAGCGUGCCGACAAAGGACCAGGUCGCACAUGGAUUCAACGAGGAGCUGCCUUACUUCUACAGGCGGUGGAUCAAAUUUGACAAGAGCGCCAAGCUUCGCCCGCUCGUCGACAACGCGGCUGUGCGCGAGAAGGUCCUUCACGACGCCGUCUCUCCCGCCUGA